CUAAUCCGGCGGAAGUGACAUCACUCAUCAAUUUACUGUGUCGCGUAAUUUGCUUACCUUUGUUUUAGAAGUCAACAUCUAAGAAAUUUGGUACCAGAAAUUUAGUGUAGACCAAAUCGAUACCUUAAACAGAAAGACACUCUCCAUUACAAGAUUAAGUAGAUUACUACAUCUUCAGGUACACCUAAAUUCCAUAUUGCAGGACAAUGUUUUCUAGCACUGCAAAACUAGCAUCUGUAUUUCUGUUUGUAUGCCUUGUAAUAGAGAUAACUUUCUCCAGUAAUGUGGAUCCAGGAGAGACUGCUAACGUAAUUGGAGUUACCGGUACAUUGCCAGUUCAGAGUCUGAACAUUACAACCAAUAGCACAGAAACAGAAAAAGAUGACGAUAGCAGCAAAGGCAACAAAGGGGCUAUCAUUGCAGUAAUUGUUGUUGGUGUGUUUGUUUGUGCUGCUGUCAUUGUUGGAGUUGUCCUUUUCAAGAGAAGACGACAAUCAAUGAUGAUGGACAAAGAGAAGAAGAUGCAGAUCCAGAUGUCGUCUGCUCGCAAUGCAGGUGUAUACCAGGACUUAACUGUCAGCGUUCCAGCUGAUGAGAAACCUCCGGCCAGCCCAGAGCAUGAACGAUUGAAGGCAGCAGAAGAGGCUUAAAUACCAGAAAGUAUUUUCUCUCAGAUUAAGUUAUCAUUUGGUUUUAUGGUAAUUGGAAAAGUUUGAGGUUGAGAGAGUUAGCCUCUUUUGUUUUGGAUGGCUUGGUCAUCUCUCGUUUUGGAUACAAUCAAUUAGCUGUAUUCUUUUAAUAUGUAUUUAUAGCUAUGGACAAGACUCUCAUAGUAGUGAUUUGUUUCUAAUUCUGUUUUCUCUUACUAACAUUUGAUCGCAUGGUUUAGUUUGACUAAAUCUGGGAUCCAUCAAACAUUGUACUGAAUACAAAAGCCAAAAGCUUAAUCAAAACUUUUUUUUUUUUUGUUCUACAUUUUAGCUUGAAGGAUCAACAAAUCCAAUGACAUUCUUGUACCUAUUUUCAUGUGCACACUUUUGUUUGUUAUUUGAAUCAUGUAUGUUAUUGUUUGCCAAAGUAAGUAAAGCACUUCUUUUACCUGAAGCAGUUUGAGGUGUCUUUUAACUAAGGGGACUUGAUAAAAUUGUUACAAAAUAUUCAUGAUAAGAAAAUGAAUGGGUUUUUUUUUUGUUUACAUGAGAAUAUACUAAUGAAAUUAAAAAGCUAAACUUAUUACUCAUGCAUACAUUAUCUCUUUAAUUGCUAUGGCUUUUUUUUCCUGGUUUUAUGUUUAUUUUCUGGGUCGCUUUCUCAGUUUUAAGUCCAAGAAUUACAAGUGCACGCUUUGGGUAAACACUAAUAUAUUUGUUAACAAUGUUGGUUUUUUUCUCAUUCCAAGAAUCAGACAUUGAAACAUGUUUUUUUUAUUUCCCUCACCAUCCUCUUUGCCUUGUCCUGACCUGUCAAGUGCCAUGUUUUAACAUUUCUUUACAUAGGACAUCAAUGUCAUGUAUUUUAAUGGUAUAAACUUCUUGCUUGAAAACUCACUCUUUCUUUUUUAAGUAAAAAAGGCAUCUUAUCAUUGAGUGUAUGUAUGCAGGGAGUCACUUGUUUCAUUCUAUUUGCUGUUGUCAGAUUCACAUCAGUGAGAGUAGUUGUACACAAAGUAUAUGUUACUAUGUAAAUUUGUAAACUUGUAGACUUUGUCACUUUUUUUUUAUGUUUUCUUUUAUUUGAUUACUAUCAUUAGCUGUAUAUUUUUUAUGACAGUAACAAAUUUGAUAUGUAUUUACACUCUUGUCUUGUAAAACACUUUUCAUUUAUCCAGUGUUCUUGUAUUAACAUUGUUUUAUUUACAAUUUUUAUGUCAAUUUUUUUUUUAAAUUUAACUUUUUUGGCUCAUGUUAUUUUUUAGUUGACAUGACGUUUUGCUUUAUUGCUGGCUAUGCUGAUAUUUUUCAUUUAUAUAACUGGUGAUGGAGGUUAGGUGGUUAAUAUUAUUUAAAUCAUGUUUGUUCCAAGGAGCAGUUUUGUAUCGCUGCCCCGAACUAAUAAAUUACCUGUACCAGUAACAGCAAUGUUUUUAAAAUAUUAAUUGUUUUUGACAUGGUGCUGCAAAACCAAUCACUUUGUGAAGGUACAAAUUCACAAAAAUGAAAGUGUGGCUGAAUGAAACAAAAUAUUUUCUGGGAACUGUGAGAUUUAAAAAAUGAAAACAAAAUGACUAAUUCUUUUGAGUUAAGUAUCAGCACCAGAUAGCCUUUGUGUUCUUCAGUUGAAUUUUCAAUUGAGAUAAUGACACAUUGAUUUAUUUUAAGUCCCCUAAAUGUCUCAUAACACUUAGCAUUUAUGGAGUUAUAUCAUCUAAUGUGUUUAUUUUGUAUUUCUAAUUAGUUGUGAUCAUAAUGUUGUAUGAUGAUGUGUUUACAAAAGGAUGCAGAGAGUCAAUGUCAGCUCCUCCUGUACUAUAUUGUUUAACUGUGCAUUUAAAAAAAACUAAAACAUGGGCUAAAAGACAGAGUCAAUCAACCACAUUUUACACUUCAUUUUACUUGAUGUUAUCACCGUGUUCUUAUCAUAAUUCUUGUAACCUAAUGCCAUGGUCAUAUUGUGACUAACUCCUCCAUUCCUGUAUGAUAUUCUAGUCUAAUGAAAUGUACACAAUAAUAUCUGUCAACCCAAUGCAGAGAUCAAAGUAUUAUUGAAAUAAUUAUUAUACAUCUUGCUUUUGUUCACACAUUACUUGGAAAAAAAAAGAUAGUUCUUUCAUAAUCACUAAUAUAAAUAUCUUCCACUAAUCCCAGAUUUAAUUCUAGCUCAGGCUAUGUACUAAUACUGAUUAAACGUUAAUCACUGCUACAUUUCUCUACAGUAUUUUGUUUCUGUAUCAGUUAUAAAAGACGUCAGUAAUGUCGUUAAAAAAUGUAUAGGAAAUAUUUGCAAACCUUCUUCACUAUUAGAGAUUUCAAAGGCUUUUGGGGGGGGGGGGGAUAUAUAUCUAGCUUUUCUGUGUAUUUAGAGUACAAACUAAAGGAAGCAUUGAUGUUUUUUAAAAGGUGCUGGUAUUUAAUUUGUGUGCACUUAAGUAGCGCUGUCGAAACUAUAAUAUAUAAGAAUUUCAAUGUAUAGGAAAUAUUAGACUUUCUAUGACUUAAAACUCCUUGGCAUUUAGUUUAUUGUGAAACUCUGCUAUAACUCAGUCUAUAUCUAGCACCUUUACAGUUCUCUAGGAAGACAAACAUUUGUUUGAAUAUAAACUCCCCACAUUUCUGUGAGCCUGGUGUUGUUAGAAUAUAGUAACGCAGCAAAAGUCAUUUAUUGACAAUUAUUCUGGCCUGCAUUACUUAAAGCAGCUGAAUAUACCUAGCUUUUCUGUGUUUAGAGUACAAACUAAAGGAAGCAUUGAUGUGUUUUAAAAGGUGCUGGUAUUUAAUUUGUGUGCACUUAAGUAGCGCUGUCGAAACUAUAAUAUAUAAGAAUUUCAAUGUACCGGUAUAGGAAAUAUUAGACUUUCUAUGACUUAAAACUCCUUGGCAUUUAGUUUAUUGUGAAACUCUGCUAUAACUCAGUCUAUAUCUAGCACCUUUACAGUUCUCUAGGAAGACAAACAUUUGUUUGAAUAUAAACUCCCCACAUUUCUUUGAGCCUGGUGUUGUUAGAAUAUAGUAACGCAGCAAAAGUCAUUUAUUGACAAUUAUUCUGGCCUGCAUUACUUAAAGCAGCUGACUUGGUGGGUAUAGUAUAGAAUAUCUUAAAACAUAUUGGUUCACUUGGACAGACUUUACUCUAUGGCUGACAUUACCAAUCAAAAUUAUAAUAACGCUUUGCUUUGUGCUUCAGAUUUUUACAAUUUAAUGUAAAAAGUAAUAAAUUAAUAGGUGUAGUACCGGUACACAUUUUCUUUUUAUAAAUUUCAUUUUGAAAAGUAAAACUGUACUAGUUACUAAUAAAAUACCUGUUUUUAUUUCCAAGGUUCCUGUUGAUAUUCCAUGUAUAUUCAUUUAUUAAAAAAAAAUCACUCAUUCAAAAAUUCAUUGUUGUAAAAAAAAAAAAAAAUCAUGAAAAUUUUUGUAACUAUUUACUUUGCAAUAUGAACAAUCACUUGUAUAGGUGAGUUCAUGCCCUGAACCAGUUAUCACACAGAACACAUUUCUUAGACAAAUAAUGUCUCCCUGGUUUACAUGUUUCUGUGACACAAUGUAAGCUGUACAUGGUUGAAAUAUUUUUUCUAUUUGGCUUGUGUACAAUUUAGAACCUUAAAGUUAUUGGUGCAAUAUCUCAGUUGUUGUGCAUUAUGUUUGAGUUCAACAUAGUUUUAAGUUGUUGCCAGUCAGAAUACAUUUUUUUUUUACUGUCAUGCAAAUGCUUGAGUUGAUUUGCAAUAUUAUUCAUCAACUUCACCACCAUUAUUGAAUCUAUCAUCUAUUGUAGUAUUAUCAUUACCGAUGAGACUGAAUUCAUGUACACAUACAAAUGGUUUAUGCACUGGUAUUCCUAGAGACUAUACACAAUUAUAAGCUUAUGGCUUAAACAAAAAUACCAAUGGUCAUCAUGCCUUUGUUCAUUAUAAGAUGUCUCUUUUGUGAAAGGUACAAAUUCACAAAAAUGAAAGUGUGGCUGAAUCAAAAAGAUUAUUUUCUGGGAACUGUGAGAUUUAAAAAAUGAAAACAAAUGACUAAUUCUUUUGAGUUAAGUAUCAGCACCAGAAAACUAGUUAAAUUUUGUUUUUAAAUUUCUGCUAAAAUCAAGCAGUUUUCUUACAAAGAACUAAAACUGGUAUUUGUGAAAGAUGUAUUUUUUGUACACCAUUAUUAAGAUGUCAUUUCUUUUGGCUUGUCAUGCUUGAGUGUUGUUGAAAUAAAAUCAUGUUUUAUAAGUAAAAAAAAAAA